GGCAGCCGCUCGCGCCCUUCUCUCUCCUAUAUACCCAUCCAGCACUGACCGCACUGCCGCCGUACGGCGACGCGACGGUCGACGGCCGCCGCGGAGUGGCAAACUCGUAGAUAUCUGGAGAAAGCAGUCCCGGAAGAUACAGCAAUCUGCUUUCCACGCCGGACUCCGUUGCGAGCCGGCCACCUUUCCUCCCUCCUUCCCUCUCCUAGUCUCCUUUCGCUUCCGAUCACCAAAAAGACCUUUCUUUUCGUCGCCCUCGGUGCUCUGCUUCGCUGCGUCGCCCGUCUCUAAAAGCCUUGUGGAUUGUGGGCGCCGACGCGGCCGCAGCAGCAGCCAGAAGCGCCGAGAGAGAGAGAGAGAGAGAGAGAGGUGCCCGUCGCUGCCUACCGAGAGACGGAUGAAGAAGUGCCCAUCGGAGCUGGAGCUGGAGGCCUUCCUCCGCGGCCGGGAGGACGCCACGGCGGCGGCGGCGGCGGCGGUGGCCGAGCAGAAGCCUGUGCACGACGUCGCUGCGCUGGCGCCGUUCGGCGCAGGUGGCGUGUUCCCCCCCAGCGAUCUGUCCGCCUUCAGCUUCGCUGACUCGAACACCCUCAAUGGAAGCAUUCAUAAUCACCUAUGGUCCCAUAACCACAACGUGAGGCAUCCUGCAGUCUCCACGACAAUCGAGUCGCAAUCGUCAAUCUGUGCAGCAAGUCCAACAUCAGCUACCAACCUAUAUCUGAAAGAGAGCCAAACUUUGGGUGGCACAAGUGGUUCAGACUCCGAUAGUGAAUCGCUGUUGGAUAUCGAGGGUGGUCCAUGCGAACAAAGCACAAACCCACAGGACGUGAAGAGAAUGCGACGGAUGGUGUCGAACCGUGAGUCUGCUCGACGGUCGAGGAAGAGGAAGCAAGCCCACCUAGCUGAUCUUGAGACACAGGUUGACCAGCUGCGAGGCGAGAAUGCAUCGCUCUUUAAGCAGCUGACAGACGCCAACCAGCAAUUCACAACCGCAGUCACGGACAACAGGAUCUUGAAAUCAGAUGUGGAGGCCCUCAGAGUCAAGGUGAAGCUGGCGGAGGACAUGGUGGCCCGUGGCGCGCUGUCGUGCGGGCUGGGCAGCCUGGGGCUGUCGCCGGUGCUGAACCCGCGGCAGGCGUGCCGUGGCCCCGACGUGCUGUCCGGCCUGGACUUCCCCGGCGACGACGCGUGCUUCACGGGGCUGUCCGCGACGGAGCAGCUCCAGAACUCGCCGCUGCAGAGCAUCGCCAGCCUCGAGAGCCUGGAGAACCGGAUGGCUAGCGAGGUGACGAGCUGCGGCGGCCCCGGCGUCGACGUCUGGCCGUGGGAUCACUCCAACGGCGGGCUUUCCAAGUGAAGCUCAAGAAGCCCAAGCGUGGGAUUCCCACGCCGAGGGCGAUGGCAACUAUCCUGUCCUGUCCUAUCCUACUGUAUCCGUAUCGAUAUGCAUGGCGCUAUGAACUGCCAUUUCUGUGUUAGCUGGAGUGGUGAACUGAACGGACUUGAGUUUUUCAGAGUCCCUCGUCUCCGUCGGUAUAUUGCCUAGUUCUGUAAUAGAACUGACUAGCUAAACUUACUAUAUGCUGAGAGACUGAACUCGAAGCAUAAUUAUGCUAUCAUAUUAUGUCAUUACUACAUGUUUCUAGUC